CCUUAAGUUGGUUGCCAGCCGCCAAUAAAAUUCAAAAGAAGUCUUGCAUAAGUGGAGCUGUGUUAGCAGAGUGUCUAGUUUUCUGCGUCAGUGAACAUUUUCCUGAGGAAAAUUCCUGCGGAUUGCAUCAUGAGCACGUUAUGGAUGGGGAACCUUGAGACCUACAUGGAUGAGAAGUUCAUCACCAGAGCCUUUUCCACAAUGGGGGAACAGGUGGUGAAUGUGCGAAUCAUUCGGAACAAGAUGACGGGUUCUCCAUCUCCCAGGGGGGCUUUGGGUUACUGUUUCGUAGAGAUGUCGGACGAGGCCACCGCUGAAAGGUGUCUGCGCAAAGUAAACGGGAAAUCCAUGCCAGGAGCCAGUCCGCCUACAAGAUUCAAGUUGAACAGAGCCACAUUUGGGAAACAGGAGGCUGGUCAGAUGUUUUCUCUGUUUGUGGGAGACCUGACUCCAGAGGUGGAUGAUGGGAUGCUUUAUGAGUUCUUUUACAACCGUUACCCGUCCUGCCGUGGUGGGAAAGUGGUCCUUGACAGCAUGGGGAACUCUAAGGGCUGUGGCUUUGUCCAGUUCCCAGACGAGCGGCUUCAGAAGCGGGCAUUGGAUGAGUGUCAGGGUGCUGUGGGGCUCGGAGGCAAACCUCUCAGGCUGAGUCUGGCUGCUAAUAACUUAAGAAACAAGCUGCAGCAACAGCAGUCAGAAAGCAAACAGUCAUGGCAGUCCAGCUCAGGAUACAGAUACGGCUAUGACCAGUAUGACCAGUACCAGCAGCAAGCGUAUCCAGGGUAUUACUCCUCAUGGGGGUAUGACCAGACUGCAGGAAUGUAUGGUUACACUUAUCCUCAGUAUGAUUACUCGCAGUAUGCCCAAGUACAGGAAAGUGAAGCAGUUCCAGAUGAAGAAGCAGUUGAAGAUCCCAGCCUGGUGGUGGACGUAGUGGAGACCAACAGGAGCUUUAUUGACCUCAGUGAAGAACUGUACGAUGCAAUCACAGACUGCCACUGGCAGCCUCCAGAGUUCUCUGCAAAUCAAGACUAUAUUGUUUCCAACCUUCCUGACCCCAUUUCCAUAUAAAAAACACUUUCAAUUCCUUUUUGUUUUAUUUUCUGAAACACUGAGGAAAUAAAUAGAUUUUUAUUCAUAAAAGGUCUGAGUUGAGCGAAAUCUCACAGUAGGUUAUCUCUUCAGUCACUAUCUGCAUUUUAUUGAACUCAUUCAGGAGGUUAGAGAAUGGAAGAUGGGAAGCUUGAAUGUGUAGUUAUAAAUUCUGAGCAAACAAAUGAUUACAUAUUAGGAAUUGAGGUUGUGAAUUGUGAACAUACAUUUGCCAUAGUAUGUCACCAAUAUUAAUGCAAUAAAAUGUUACAGAACUAAAAAGUUUGCUGAAAAUGUAAAACCUCCAAGUUAUUUUUAGAGCAUAAAAAGGAACAAGUACAUUUUUUAUGUUAAAACGCUUUCUGCUAGAACAUCACACACACACACACACACACACACACACACACACACACACACACACACAUUCUCUGCCAGGUUUCAUUUUCCCAUGGUCUCCAAGUAAGCAAUACAAAUUUACUUGCCAGCUUCUGGGAGAACAGAUGAGAAAGAAGACGAGGUCGACAAAAUUGAGCUUUUAAUCAGCUUUCCUUGCUCCAGAAUGUAUAAAACAAAACCCUUGAAGUUUAUUUAAUUGUCCAAAUUAACUUUUUUUAGUCAUUAAAUGCAGUUUUUUCUUUUUGUACUUUGAGUCUAAGAAAUGCAAAAUAAAAAAAUUGCCUUUAAUCUCUCCCGGUGCUGCAUAGAUCUUUGUAUUGUUUUUGAGGUAUAUUUUUUUUUUCGGUCUGUUCAUUUUUCUCUUGCCUAUAACAUUUUUAUGACGGCUAAACAAGGUGUCAUAAAAAUGACACCUUGGGUUGGGUUGGGUUGGGUAAACCCUAACCCUGAAUCACAAAACGGAUUCAGUUUUGUGAAUCCGUCAUUUAAUUUCCCCUUGCAGCGACGUAGUCCAAGUUCAAACUACAAAAAUAGCCGAACGAGGUGAAGUGGAACACUCUGCGACCUGGAGGGAGCGGAGCGUCAAAUGUCUCACAUUGAAACAAAACAACAAAAGAAGCAAAAACGAAUUGCUCCAAAACUCCACGUCAGAACAGACUUGGUAAACAGCUGUGGUUGUGGAGCUACAAUAACCAGGAAUUCAGACCAAAUCACUUCUACUUUAUAUAGACCACAUGUGAAAAGAAAGAAUUUAAAAGCAUAUGUCCACUUUUAAUUUAGAACUCUUCAGACGUUAUUAUGCAACACUGGUCCUCUACCACUAGGUGAAACCAAAUGGUGUUCAUGACAUUUUGUAAAACUAAAUGUCAAAACUAAAUCCCAUUUAGCCCAGGGUUCCCUAGCAAUUAGUAUACAGAAUUAUACAAUAGGUUUAUGUUAAGACUUAUUGUUUAUGUCCCUAGGACAAAAUUUCUUUCAAGGCCACAACAGAAUUUUCAGAUGGCUCCCCUUUAUAAAGCCUUUUUGGGGACUGAUGUCUCCAUCCUGGGUUGUUGACUUCUCUUCCUGAAGCCCUGAGCCAUGUGGAUUCCACUUGUUUCUAAGAAAGGCUCUUGUGACUGAGGAGCAUAGCAUGUGGUCAGUUCUACUUUAGUAAAGAAAACCAUCAGCAGUGGACUGCAGCCAAAAGGAACAAGUAAUGACAAGCUUACAAGAAAUGUAGAGAAGUUGAAAGUAUAAUAUUUGUCUUUGAAAUAUAUUAGAGUGAAAGAUGUAAGGUCUCCAUAAAGGAAAAAAUGUCAAAAAACACUGAAAUAAGGAUACUCAGAAAAUAUACUUUAGUACAGUACUCAGGUAAAUGUACUUUGUUACUGGCCACAUUAUUAUAAAUGUAAGCAUAACAGAAAGCAUCUGGGUUUUGGAAUUCUGUAAGUUAAUGAGAUCAGUACACUAUAAAAUAAAGAUUUUGAUUCCACCUGGAGAAAUUAAAAGUAGUGUCUUUGCCAGGCAUUUUCUUAUGUUAAUGAUGAAAUAAUGGUUUAGUUAUCAACUACAGAAGAUGAGACCCUGUUGGAUAAAUAAAAAUGCUAAAUUCAUGCUGAGUUAUACCAUUAAUUUUCAUUUGGUAUCAAAAGUAUUUUUUAAUUUGAAUAGGAUUAACCUAUUCAUUACUGUGCUGAACAAUUGAUACCUGACCAUUAACCAAUUAAUUUAAUACUUAAUGUAUUCAGCCAAAAAUAUUUUCUCAUAGCUACACUAUGAAAAAAUAAAAGUACAAACUUAUGUCAAAUUUUAAUUAAUCGAGUUUGAUGGAUUAAAAAGCCACGCCCAAAUCAAAAAUCAAUAAAUCAAUGCUAUCGCACAUGAACAUCUGUUAAAUGUGUCAUAUAAUGCUUAUCCUAUAAAACAUCUGUUUUAAUAAGUUUAUAUAAAAAGCUUAUCAUAUAAAAACAUCUUUUUUUAAUAAGGAUGUAUAAAGUCCUUAUCAUAUAAAACAUGUUUUGAUUAAGUUCUUAUCAAAAUAAAACAUACAAGAUUCUGGAACCUUCUCUUGAAUCAAAUGGUGAAUAAUGAACAUGUCAGAGGGCAGAUUUACAUUAAGUUGUUAUCAAAAUAAAACACCCUGCAAUAGACUGGCGACCUGUCCAGGGUGUACCAGCCCCCCUUCUGACCCCACUGAGGGACAAGGGUGUAAAGAAAAUGGAUGGAAAAUAAAACGGACAGGAUUCUGGAACCUUCUCUUGAAUCAAAUGGUAAAUAAGGUGCUUGUCAGCCCCCCCACCCCCUUUCAUCAUAUAAAAUUUAAGUUCUUAUCAAAAUAAAACAGACACAGAGAGAGAAUUCUGGCAACAUGACCUUUGACCCAGUUAUUUCCCUCCCCCUAAGUUGAAAGUUUUAUACCUAUGCAAAUUUUCUGAAGCAACUCCUCCUCACAUCCUCUACAUAUCUGGUCUUACCUCCGUCAGCGUUCGAAUCCUGGGUUCAGCACGAGAUUCCAGGACUCCGAGCAUAUUAGGCCUGACUCCAAUGAAUCACACUCUGCUGGAGCUCCUUCAUCAGGUGUGGGAAAAACCAAGACCUCCCGGUGUUAUCCAGUGGGACCUCCCUUCUCUGUCAGACUCCAGGCUCGGUCUAUUAAAAUCCAGUCCAUAAAUUGGAUGCUUCCCAGAAGUCCACCUUUUUUUGUGCAAGAGAAAACCUGAAGACAAAAGGCAGCAGGUUGUGAACUGAGGUGGAGAAGCUGGUCUGCUAACAUCCAAAACAUCCAAUGGGAAUCCCACCACCAGACCAGCUCCAUGCAUCACUCCAAGAAGUAAAUCAUACAGUUGGACAAAGUUUCCUCUCUAUUUAUUUAUUUAUUUAUUUUUGCUUCAUUCAUAUAAGUUUAAUCCAAUAAAGAACUUUUAUCUYCACCUCCAAGCCUGGAUCCACUCAGUCACUUCAUCCCAGUCAAGGCUGAUGAAGAAAUGAAGGUCAAGGAAAUUAUAGUCACUAUGUACUCAAUAGUUAAGCAUUUAAUAAAUCUUGUCAAUUGUUAUAUUCAUUUCAAAUCAUAAUAAAAAAACAAUAGUUUAUUUCAUAAACAAAAAUGUUUAACUUCCUCACCGUUUCUUUCUCUGCUGCUCUCAGCUGGUAUCUGAUGAUGAACCGUCCUCCACUCUGUCACUUCAGCCAACCAGCUUGGCUCUGGGUCCACAUCACUUUGAGUCACUAUCUACUAAAUUGUCAAGUAUUUUAUUGACUAAUA